UUCUUCUGCUGCUGGCCGGGUAGUCUAAAUUGGGGGUUUAUCGCGACGUUGAUGCUGUAAACUGUACAGGGAGAUGGUCUUCGACGUUCUAGAAAGGAAGCUGCUUCUGCAUUGUGCUAUAGGAUAUAGGGCCCCAUAUGCUGCAAACACCUCCCCACCGCUAGCUAUUCUUGGUGGAAAGACUGCAGUUCUCCAGCUUGACAUAAUUGCUUAGGUCUUUCUUCCUGGAUACUGAAGGAUGGUGCAAACCAAGAAAACGUUUUGACUUCCAUGCUAGGUUUUUUCCUCCCUUCCCUCUUCCUUUCUUGCUGGUGCCUGCUUGCAAAGCUGCAAGGGCCUGCCUCUGAAGGAAUAGGGAAGGGAUGAGUAGGUGAGCAAGAGCAAACAGACCCAAUGCCCAAGCUGGUGAGUAUAACUGUUGCGUACUGACUCUGCAAUUGGGCAAGGGACUGGAUCGUUCACGGGCCUGUCGCAUAGCUGAGUCGGAGUGUUUUAAUUCUGGGAUUGCCACUUAGCGAUGAUGAGGAAGGAUUGGUCUAUGGCGUUCGCUGGAGCCGGCGGGGCAGGGAGCCUUCUACGAAGCAGUGAGCCUGGGUCUCUGUCUCCGACGGCAUCCCAAGCGGCUUCUUUACUGGAGGAAGCGGCUGAUCUACUAGUGAUGCACAGGGACUUUGCUGCUGCCUUGGACAGGUGUGAGAAGGGCUGUGAGAGCCUCGUGGGAGACCCUGAGACUGAAGACUCCAACUGCUCUGAAGAACUGAAGUGCUCCUUGUGCAUUGUGGGUAUCCAGGCCCUGGCAGAGAUGAAUAGAUGGAGAGAAGUUCUCCCUUGGAUCCUUCAAUACUACCAUGAUCCUGAAUGCUGGCCUCCCAAAAUUCUGGAGCUGUGUAUCCUCUUGCAUAGCAGAGUGGAAGAGCCUCACGUGAUGCUAGAAGUUGGCGGUGACUGGUUACGUUCCCCAGCUAAUUGGCACAUGGCUAGUUAUGGCCUGUUGGUCCAGCUUCAUCUGUUCCAUGUGCUGUUGCCGCUCGGGCACUUUGCAGAGGCCGAGGAGCUGCUCCGAGGCUGCAAAGCACUGAGCAAGGAGCAGCAGCUGGAGGCGCACGAGAGCAUUAGAGAGAAGAAGCAUCAGUGGUUGCAACAGGAAGAGGAGUGCCCAAUACUCGAGGAACAGCCAGAGAUGGUGUGGAAACAGCGACUGGCAGGUUCGGUGUCCCAAAAGGUGUUGACGAUAUUGGCACAGCUGGGCAGAGUGCUGGGAUCCUUAGCAGGCCAGUUUUGCUCCAUCUCCUACAAAAAGUCACUCUUGGCUGCUUUCAUGUUGUGUGUCAUUGUAGUGCGACUUGACCCAGCAUCUCCCACAUCCCUGCCCUUCCUGUACAGGCUACUCCAGCUUUUCCAUCAAGCCCGAUUGGCUAUAUUUCCUUCACACUCCAGGCCUCCAAUUCAAGACUAGGUCUCUUUACUUUAGGAUGACAGUAUGAUGCUCAUUGGUGAACUUAUUGAAAAGCCACCAAAUGCUCACAAGCCAACCAAGGUGACCUUUCAGCUGUGGAGUUGGAGGACACAGCACUGCAAGAAGUUCUUUAAGGACUUUGGAUAUAGUCUGAUAAUUAAUGCAACUGAAAAACCCCCAUCAAUGCGGAUUUGUUUUCUCCUGUGUCCUUUGAGGAGUCAAUAUGGCAUCACUUUCCUCCUGUGGGAAUCAGCAUGUGAAGCUGCGCUCCUAAAAAUGCUUUUACUUGAAUGGUGGCGCUUAGUUCCAAGUAAAUGUUGGAUUCGGAGGACUUCCUCUUUUGAGUCAUUUUAAUUUUGAUGCAGCCCAGUCUCCCGAAAGAGACUGACAUGGAGUGACUGUUGCCAACUCUAUGGCCUCUCCCGAUGUACAGAUUCACUAGACAGUUUGGGUCGAGAUUCCUUCCUUAUUAGUAAUCAUGAGUGCUUUUGCUCGUGGGGACAGAACCAGUGCUUUGGGGUGUGUGUGUGUGAAAAGAACAGAUCUUGGGGGCAGAAUGCUUUUCUCUUUUGUUUUGGAAAUGGAGCUGUCCCUAUGCAGCAAGUGAAGCAUAGGACUAUUCACCAUCCUUUCAGGUCUGCUGCCUUUAGAGUUGCUAUCUUCCCUCCACCUGUCAGAGCUCCUGUGCCCGUAACAUCUCUGUGCAGCGAGCAAACACUUCCAACAGCCAAACCAUUCCCCAGCGUGGAGAUGGAGUAAUGGGUAAAGCCUUAGGACUGCUUUUUGCACACAGUGGUGGAAGGCACAGGAUUUGUGCUGGGUAGGAAAAUGAAUAGCAACUAAGCCACCUUAAGAACGUGCAGACCUUUAUCUGAAGAAGUGUUGCAAUAAUGCUAUCAGCAUGUUUGCUGGGUUUGUUGUUUUGUUUUUUAAAAAAUGGCUUGGCAAUAUGGGAGGAGCUUACAAAAAUUGUUAUUUUUUUUAGACAGAUAUUUUAAAGCAAUUGUCACUUGCCCCUGUUCAAUGUAUAUUUAAGAUAAAAGUUUCAAAAGUGAA